AUGGAUAUAAAGGUUAUACAGAUUAACUUGAAUAACUCAAGGAUAGCCCUGGAUAGCCUCAAGCAAAUGAUGUUGGAAAAUGGCACGGAUGUUGCAAUUAUAUGUGAACCACCAAGGAAUAUAACAGGAGGGAUGUGGUUCAUGAGCCAGGACGGCAAGGCUGCAAUCCUAGUUAAAAACCCGAAAAUUGCAGUAGAUAAAGAAGAAAUGAGAGAAAGUAUAAGGAGGGAAGGAAAGUUAAGUAGUGAGGAAGCAGAACAGCUAGAGAUUGUAAGAACUAUAACGGAACCAUGGCAGGAGAAAACCGCCAUGAUUAAACUGCCUAAAAAAUGGGUAGACAAACUAUGUGAUAAUGAAAAAAUUAAAAUAUUGGGUUGUCCGGAAAGAGAAAUGUUAAACAUAUCAAAAUCGACCAUCCACAAGCAUUUUGUAAAGCUUGGCUACGUAAACCGGUUUGACGUAUGGGUUCCGCACGAUUUAACGGAGAAAAACCUGAUGGAUCGCAUUUCCAUUUGCGACUCUGUCUAUAAACGAAACGAGGAGACACCGUUUUUGAAGCAACUAGUGACGGGAGAUGAAAAAUGGAUAAUUUACAACAAUGUUCAGCGAAAACGGUCUUGGGGAAAGCGGAAUGAACCACCAUUAGUUACCCCAAAAGCCGGUCUUCAUCCGAAGAAGGUCAUGCUCUGCGUCUGGUGGGAUUGGAAAGGAAUCCUUUAUUAUUACCUUCUGGCAAACAAUGAAACCAUAAAUUCUGAAAAAUAUUGCUCCCAAUUAGAGGAAUUAAGGGUAGCAAUUGAGCAAAAACGUCUAGAAAUGGCGAAUCGGAAGGGCGUCAUGUUUCACCAGGACAAUGCGCGACCUCAUGUGUCCUUAACAACGCGACAAAAGUUGUUGGAGCUUGGUUGGGAUGUUGAUGGACACAAUGCAGAGUGUAUAGAUGUUGGAGGUGUGGCAGGUAUGGCCACGGCACAGGAGAAUGCAGAGUACAAAUAG